GGCCGGGGGAGGAGGAGAGAGGCGAGGAGGCGGCUCUGGCAGCGCGCGGCGGCGGCGGCGGUAGCGGCAGCAGCAGCGGCGGUGCGGAGAGCUUGGACUGGGAGCCCAAAGCUCGGCUGGGCAGCGGGAGAGGAGGAGCCGCAGGAGCUGCAGCUCUGCCAGCUUGGGCCGAGCCUAGAGACACCGGCCUGGCUGGUCCACGCCAGCCGCAGACCGUGGCUGAGCAUGGAGCUGUCCCCCCGCAGUCCUCCGGAGAUGCUGGAGGAGUCGGAUUGCCCGUCACCCCUGGAGCUGAAGUCAGCCCCCAGCAAGAAGAUGUGGAUUAAGCUUCGGUCUCUACUGCGCUACAUGGUGAAGCAGUUGGAGAAUGGGGAGAUAAACAUUGAGGAGCUGAAGAAAAAUCUGGAGUACACAGCUUCUCUGCUGGAAGCCGUCUACAUAGAUGAGACACGGCAAAUCUUGGACACGGAGGACGAGCUGCAGGAGCUGCGGUCAGAUGCGGUGCCUUCGGAGGUGCGGGACUGGCUGGCCUCCACCUUCACCCAGCAGGCCCGGGCCAAAGGCCGCCGAGCAGAGGAGAAGCCCAAGUUCCGAAGCAUUGUGCACGCUGUGCAGGCUGGGAUCUUCGUGGAACGGAUGUUCCGGAGAACAUACACCUCUGUGGGCCCCACUUACUCUACUGCGGUUCUCAACUGUCUCAAGAACCUGGAUCUCUGGUGCUUUGAUGUCUUUUCCUUGAACCGGGCAGCAGAUGACCAUGCCCUGAGGACCAUUGUUUUUGAGUUGCUGACUCGGCAUAACCUCAUCAGCCGCUUCAAGAUUCCCACUGUGUUUUUGAUGAGUUUCCUGGAUGCCUUGGAGACAGGCUACGGGAAGUACAAGAAUCCUUACCACAACCAGAUCCACGCAGCCGAUGUUACCCAGACAGUCCAUUGCUUCUUGCUCCGCACAGGGAUGGUGCACUGCCUGUCGGAGAUUGAGCUCCUGGCCAUCAUCUUUGCUGCAGCUAUCCAUGAUUAUGAGCACACGGGCACUACCAACAGCUUCCACAUCCAGACCAAGUCGGAAUGUGCCAUCCUGUACAAUGAUCGUUCAGUGCUGGAGAAUCACCACAUCAGCUCUGUUUUCCGAUUGAUGCAGGAUGAUGAGAUGAACAUUUUCAUCAACCUCACCAAGGAUGAGUUUGUAGAGCUCCGGGCCCUGGUCAUUGAGAUGGUGUUGGCCACAGACAUGUCCUGCCACUUCCAGCAAGUGAAGACCAUGAAGACAGCCUUGCAACAGCUGGAGAGGAUUGACAAGCCCAAGGCCCUGUCUCUACUGCUCCAUGCUGCUGACAUCAGCCACCCAACCAAGCAGUGGUUGGUCCACAGCCGUUGGACCAAGGCCCUCAUGGAGGAAUUCUUCCGUCAGGGUGACAAGGAGGCAGAGUUGGGCCUGCCCUUUUCUCCACUCUGUGACCGCACUUCCACUCUAGUGGCACAGUCUCAGAUAGGGUUCAUCGACUUCAUUGUGGAGCCCACAUUCUCUGUGCUGACUGACGUGGCAGAGAAGAGUGUUCAGCCCCUGGCGGAUGAGGACUCCAAGUCUAAAAACCAGCCCAGCUUUCAGUGGCGCCAACCCUCUCUGGAUGUGGAAGUGGGAGACCCCAACCCUGAUGUGGUCAGCUUUCGUUCCACCUGGGUCAAGCGUAUUCAGGAGAACAAGCAGAAAUGGAAGGAACGGGCGGCAAGUGGCAUCACCAACCAGAUGUCCAUUGACGAGCUGUCCCCCUGUGAAGAAGAGGCCCCCCCAUCCUCUGCCGAAGAUGAACACAACCAAAAUGGGAAUCUGGAUUAGCCCUGGGGCUGGCCCAGGUCUUCAUUGAGUCCAAAGUGUUUGAUGUCAUCAGCACCAUCCAUCAGGACUGGCUCCCCCAUCUGCUCCAAGGGAGCGUGGUCGUGGAAGAAACAACCCACCUGAAGGCCAAAUGCCAGAGAUUUGGGGUUGGGGAAGGGCCCCUCCCCACCUGACACCCAUUGGGGUGCACUUUAAUGUCCCGGCAGCAAGACUGGGGAACUUCAGGCUCCCAGUGGUCACUGUGCCCAUCCCUCAGCCUCUGGAUUCUCUUCAUGGCCAGGUGGCUGCCAGGGAGCGGGGAGCUUCCUGGAGGCUUCCCAGGGCCUUGGGGAAGGGUCAGAGAUGCCAGCCCCCUGGGACCUCCCCCAUCCUUUUUGCCUCCAAGUUUCUAAGCAAUACAUUUUGGGGGUUCCCUCGGCCCCCCACCCCAGAUCUUAGCUGGCAGGUCUGGGUCCCCCUUUUCCUCCCCUGGGAAGGGCUGGAGUAGGAUAGAAAGCUGGGGGUUUUCAGAGCCCUAUGUGUGGGGAGGGGAGUGGGUUCCUCCAGGGUAUGGUACCUUUCUAGGACCUGGGAAUGGGGUGGGUAGGACAUCCUCUUCACCCCAGAAUUGCGCUGCUUCAGCCCCAUCUCCAGCCUGAUCCUCUGCAAUCUUCCUUCUCUCCCUUUCUGAUAGAGUGACUGGGGAAAAAGGAGCCAUUGUGACCAGGGGCUGCGGGAGGCCUUUCCUGGGACCUUCCUUGGGACUGGUCUGGGCCCCUGGGGCUUGUCGCCUGCCCUGGCUGAGUCCCGAGCCCUUUGCUUCCUUCCUCUCCCCUGGGGCUGGGAGGCUUCAUCCGACCAAUGUCUGUAAAGUGCUUUGAGGAUCUCCCCAGCAAAGCACCUUCAGAAUGUAUCGACACCAGCUGGGUUAGGGUCAAGGGUGCCUGGGGAGGGUGAGUAAUCCUGCGUUGCUAAAAGAGAGGAUCUGUCCCCUCCCGUCCACGUCCCAGAGCUGGCCCAGCUGCAGGCACUAAGAAGCUCCUCCCCUGAGACAAGUGAGGGGUAGUGGGUGAAAGGCAGAUGGACGAGGGGCUCAGGGCUGCUGCCUUCCUGUCCUCUGGAGAGAACCCAGCCAGGCGCGGUGCCCCUUCCUCUCCUCAGGCUCCUCCUUGCCCCCACCUUGCCCCAGGAAAGGCCAAAGUCCAGGUGACUGCCCUCCUUCUUUCUUGUAAAUACCAACCAUGCAUUUGUACAGUGGGCCCUGUUCAUGCGAAAUCCACAUCCAUGGUCUCCUAGACCUGCUACCCUGGUACUUCCACCCUACCCCACCCCGAGUAGGGCAGAGACGCAUGUGACUCACCCCUGCCCUUGGUCUCCCAGACCCCUGCUAUAGCCAGAGAACAAUAAAGAAGGGAGACCAGG